AUGGACUCAACGUCGGCCGAGAGCGACAAACCGCGCGGUCUUUUCCAGUGCACUGAGUGCAAACGUUCAUAUACCCGCGUCGACCACCUGGCCCGCCAUGUCCGCUCGCACCUGCAGGAGAAGCCCUUUCAGUGCGACGUGUGUCACAAAGGCUUUGGCAGACCUGACUUGCUGAAGCGCCAUGCAACCUGUCACGACACCGACGCCAACGCCAAAAGGCAGAAGCGGACCCUGACCCAGUCCUCAAGGGUUUCGCAAGCCUGCAAGUCGUGCGCCUACGCCAAGCUAAAGUGCGAGGAUGAGAAGCCGUGCAAGCGCUGCCAGAACAAGGGCAUCACUUGCGAAUCCAACUCUGACAGCCGCACCUCCGCCUCCGCAUCAACCCAGCUACCAGGUGAGAGCAGCCUCGAAGAGUCGGUGCCGCCAGCUUAUCUUUCGGUAGCACCCUCUCCCAUCCGUCCCGUAGACCAGAGCCAACCUACUCCCGUCGCACCCGUUCCCGUGAUGGCCGAGCCUGAUCAGGUGAAUAACCAAAUACCUACCCCAAAUACUUUGCUCAAUGGCUUCGAGAUCAGUGGAGAUGAGGCUUCAAUCUCCGGAACCACCUUCACCCCUUCCAUCGCCCCGGACCCCAGUGCUCUAUCAUCGUCUUUAACCGUGCAUGAGAACAACUUCUACGACUUUCUGCGGAACGUCCUCACUCCUAACAACCCAGGAUCGCUCAGCCCAACACAUUGGGACUUCGAGCCCCGAAACAUUCUGGAUUUCAAUGUUGAAGAUGACCUCUCGUUCGAUGCAAACGACUUCGGCCUUCUGGAUGCCUUCAACGGAAAACCCUUCAAUACCAGCGAGGACUUUGGCAUAUUUCCGCCCACAAUCAACCCUCCAAGCGUCAAUGCCCCAGCCGCCUCUACUCCUUCAGACUCUGCCCCCCCGAGUGACCGCCGACGAGCCGGAAUUGGAGCAGAAGCGUAUCGAAGAUCAUCCUUUGUUCGCUGGCAGCCUGCACAUGAAGGAGCCCAUCUCGAAGUGGGCACCAUAUCCACACCCCACGAGGAGGUCGCUUCCCCGGAUGCACGAUACAAGCCUGACCAGCGCAUAUUAAGCGAGCGGCUUGAACAAAGCUCUCGAGACAAAUUGCUGGCAAUAAUCCUUAAUACUUGUGAUUCGACAAACCUAGGCCGCGUGGUUUCGUCCUUUCCCUCUACCGAUCUCCUCGACGAUUUUCUUCAGUGCUUCUUUGCUCGAGAAGGCCCUAGAUUCGAUUCGUUCAUCCAUAUACCUACCUUCAACCCAAACACUAUCAAAUCGGAACUACUUGGGGCCGUAGUUGCUGCAGGAGCUGUCUCUACAGAUAUGAAAGCCUUGCAAAAGCUUGGACACGCGAUUCAGGAGGCUGUGCGCAUUGCCAUCGUGGACGUCAUUGAAAGGCGCAACGCCAUCACGAGAGAACUCUGGGCCAUACAAUCGUUUCUACUGAUCAUCGAUGUAUUCCUAUGGUCUGGCAACAAGCGGAAGAUGGAAAUUGCAGAGAGCCAACAACAACCUUUAUGGACGAUGCUUCGGCGGGCGGGGAGGUUUAAGAAACCCAGGGGCCCGCCAAUUGCGCCUCUGCCUGAAGACACGGGUGAUGUGCUGCAUCAAAAAUGGCUCCACUGGGUCGAACAAGAAUCUAGCCGACGGCUGGUCUUUCGCGGUUUUUGCUAUGAUGCGCAAUCUUCUAUGUCUCUCCUAGUAAACCCAAUCAUCUCGUAUGGCGAGCUAUGCCUUCCAUUUCCCGCCGCGAGAGACCUUUGGACAGCCGAGACUGCUGAGCAAUGGAAGGCCGCAUACCUUUCCCAUCAAGCCGACUCUCCAGCAAGCUCGCUCUGCUUACUCGACUGCCUGAAGGAUCCCAAGCUUGCUGCAGCAUUCCCAGGAACAAUCGACCAUGAUUUUUCUGCUCUUAUCGUGCUCCAUGGCAUCUGGGGCAUGGUUUGGGAGUUCAACCAACUUCAACUCACACUGAAGGCGAACUCAGGGGAAUACAACAGCUCGUUGGUUAUGAAGCAUCGCCACCAGGAGCUCUGUCAAACGGUUCAUCACCUUCGCAUCAGUGUUAAUUCCUGGCGCGUAACACCGGCUCCAGAGAUCACGCUCCUGCUCGAGCUUCAACUACUCUACCUUCACCUCUCUAUCGAAGACGUGCAACUAUUUGCGGGAAAAGAGGAUCAGGAUGACGCUCGUAGAGUACUCCCCGCACUGCAACAAUGGAUGCACGACACAUACGCUCGCACAGCCGUUUGGCAAGCGGCGCGCGUACUUAGAGCGGCCAAGACAUUCCCACGCAAGCAACUGCGCAACUUUUGGGCCAUCGCCUUGUACCACGCGUCUCUGGGGCUUUGGACGUACGGCAUCAUCAAACAGGCCACCGCUAGCGCCUCGGUUUCGGCGACCUGCACUGCACUCCCACCAGCUGCGAGCAGCAGCUCAGCCAGCACACUGGAUCCUAACCUCGGCAGUACGGUCUGGCUCGAAGGCCCGGAGACGCCGGAUGUUCAACGGUUUGUUACACUAGGUCGCGGAAGGCCCGUCAUCAGUAGCAGCACGCGAGGCAUCGGUGCAUCAUCCGGGGAUCAGCGCCUCGUCCCUCUAUCCGACCCGGAAGCGACGAUGAAUGUGGUCUUGGACACGCUGCGGAAGAACUUUAGCGCGACCACGAAGGGCCCGCGUGGGGAUGUGAUGGAGGACCAGCAGGAAGCGGGCGCGACGGGCCUGUUGCCGCCUUUGGUUGAGAACUUGGUGCAGUUGAUGCGAGAUUUGGGCAAAGCGGCUGGAGCUGUGGGGUCUUGA